GAAAGUGGAAAGAUUCGUCAAAGCAAAAAUUACAAGAUAAGAACUAAUAGGAAUCGUAAUAAUUUAAUUAGUUAUAAGGAUUUCGAUAUAACUAAAAACUACAAUCAAUUGUGGAUUCAAUGCGACAAUUGUUAUGGAUUAAUGUAUAAGAAAGUCGAAAUGAAUGUUUGUGAAGAAUGUGGACAUUAUUUGAAAAUGACUAGUUCAGAGAGAAUUGAGCUUUCGAUUGAUCCAGGUACUUGGAAUCCUAUGGAUGAAGACAUGGUUUCUGCGGAUCCCAUUAAAUUUCAUUCGAAGGAGGAACCUUAUAAAAAGCGGUUGACUGACGCUGUUCAAACAGGUACAGGUCAACUAAACGGUAUUCCGGUAGCCCUUGGGGUUAUGGAUUUUCAGUUUAUGGGGGGUAGUAUGGGAUCCGUAGUAGGCGAAAAAAUAACUCGUUUGAUCGAGUAUGCUACCAAUCAAUGUUUACCUCUUAUUUUAGUGUGUUCUUCGGGAGGAGCACGAAUGCAAGAAGGAAGUUUAAGUUUGAUGCAAAUGGCUAAAAUUUCUUCGGUUUUAUGUGAUUAUCAAUCAAGUAAAAAGUUAUUCUAUAUAUCAAUUCUUACAUCUCCUAAAAAGCCGUGCCUGAAGGUUCACAAGCGGCUGAAUCUUUAUUACGUAAGGGCUUAUUGGAUGCAAUUGUACCACGUAAUCCUU